GUUCAGUCUUAUGCUGAGGUACAGUUGAGGGGAGUCUGUGAGGGGAUUCUGAAGGAGGCCUGAGGCCUAGUCCAGGAACCAAGCAUCCACUACCAGUUAUCCCCUGCGCCUGGGUGAAAGUCAGAGCCUGGCGAGAAGAACAGGGACCUAAUUUGUCUGGAUAUGAAGCACACACCGGAACCGCUCAUACAAACACAUCCUCCACUGGCAGAAAUGACACCGCCGUCCUGAACAGAUCACACUCUGCCGGACGCACAUUACCAGCAGGACGUCCUUUACCCAAACUUAGCAGAGGAUGCGGAGGGACGGCUGACGUCAAUGUCAAAGUAAACGGAGGGCUGGACCCUGUAUCCCGGAGCGUCUCUGCAGACUAUCCCCUCACUUUAUCUGUGAACAUCUGCGGCUGGGACCGUCUACACGUGUUACACAUCCGGCCCUUGUUUGGGAUUCCAUUGUUAUGAAGGUUCCACGGUUGCGAUCUCUGCCGCUCAGUUCCAUCUUUAGCAAGUUAACGUUUUUGCGGUAACCGACCUCGACAGACUACCACUCCCCUAUCCUAUCUCAUACGGUAGGUUUGGAGACCAUGGAGUGCCUGCUCAACCGACUCCACAACACCACGGGGGACCAGGGGUUGAACACGUCUCUUGCAAAUACUCAGAAACCCCAAGCGAACCAACUGGCAGACUUAGACGAGACAUUACACAACCGAUUUUAUGGGCUUUGGGUGGCCCUUCUGAUCAUUAACACCCUUAUUUUCCUCGUGGGGAUAAUACUAAACAGCUUGGCCAUUUAUGUGUUCUGCUUCCGAACCAAAGCCAAGACCACCUCAGUAAUCUACACCAUCAACCUAAUAGUGACGGACCUCCUGGUGGGCCUCUCCCUGCCGACCCGCAUCGUCAUGUACUACAGCGCCGAGGCUUGUCCCACCUGUUCCUUUGUCCACAGCUUCACCUACUUUGUGAACAUGUAUUGUAGUAUACUUUUUCUGACAUGUAUAUGUGUUGACCGCUACAUGGCCAUCGUGCAGGUGGAGGCGUCACGCAAGUGGAGGAGUCCCAACUAUGCCAAAUGCAUAUGCAUUUUUAUAUGGAUAUUUGCUGUUGUGGUGACCUUCACCAUCUUGACCACGACCAUCAAUCACCCAUUGUGUUGCCAGUUUCAGCUCUUUACUCUGACAGUCUUCGAGUACUUUGUGCCACUUAUCAUCAUAACUUUCUACACCCUAAGGAUCAUGUGGGCCUUGUCUAGGUCAACCCUCAUGAACCAAAGCCGAGAGAGACGCAUGAAGGCCGUACAGCUUCUCAUCACCGUGCUCAUCAUAUUCACGGUGUGCUUCACACCCAUACAUGUUAGCCAAGUGGUCUUCUGUGCCAGCACAACCAUGUCUCGGGAUGUUAUACUCAUCGUCUACCACGUUACGGUGACUCUGAGCAGCCUAAAUAGCUGUAUGGACCCUAUAGUCUACUGUUUUGUCACCAACAACUUCCAGUCCACCAUGAGGAGCAUCUUCAGGAAGCAUCAACGUGAUCAAACCAGCAUGGACAUCCUGGGUCUACACAAAAACUCCAAGGCUUCCGGGACAAUGACAGCUAUAUCCAAUGCCAUAGUAACCUUGCCGUUACAGAGUAGCAACAUUAUAUAGUGAUGUCUAAGGGGUCACAUGAUUCCCAAAAAUAAAUGGAGCAUUCUCCAAUGGGAGACAUUUUAUCACCAGAUCCAAUGACCGGUGAUAGAGACCAAAAACAAGAACGAGAUGCAUUCCAAAGACGACCUGUUCUACAUGGAGAUGUAAAGGGGGGGAUUCAGUCGUACUGUAGUUUUUUAAACUUUUUGUGAUUUUUUUUUCUUUUCUAUUGAAAAACAAUUUAUCCACAAGCUAAUAAACCAUCC